GUUGCCCUAUGUACUAGUGCAUGCAGUUAGCUAGCUAGAGCUAUGGGCUCUAUUGUGAGUGUACACAAAGACAGCAGUCUAGAUCUGCAUGAGGUGUAUCCUUCCCAGGCUAUAGCACUGCAGGCUAAACUCAGGCAAGCAGCAUUGUCCCUGCAUCCCCAUCUGGUGAGGAGGUUGUCUCACUCAGAGGCUUAUGGUGCUGGCAAUGGUGGCCCUGACUGGUACCCUGCUGGUAUAUCACCAUGGUAUCUGGAUAAAGAUGGAGAGAUAGUAGGGAGAGAGGCCACCUCCGAGGCCACUCAUGGUUGGAUGGACCAUCUCACUGUCACCAAGAGAGAUCUACACACAUCAGCAAUACUCAUACAAAAGCUAGUGAGGGGUCAUCAAGUGCGGAGAGAGCUACACACACGACAGCAGAGUGCUAGGAAGAUACAAAGGGUAUUUCGUCGAUGGAAGAGUGGUAUAGUGUUGUCAGCUAGUUCCCUACCAGUCCUCUCCACGUCUAGUGUGGCCCCAUCUAGUGGGCGGCGUGUGGCCUCAUCGAGUGGGCGUGUCUACUCAGCCGAUACUUGUGUGCCCCAACAGAUAGCGUUCACUGACGAAGGUCAAGGGUCAACUGGGAUAGGAGAGAACAAAGAAGAGUUUGAGUUUGUUUGGACAGAAGGAGCAUGGAAUCAACAGAAUAGUUACCACCUUCCAACGGAAACCAUGAGGAGCGAGAAUAAAACUCCUGUUAACAAGAGUAGCUCAAGUGAUAAUCAAACAGAAAUCGAUGGAAGUAAGGAAAGUGCUCAACACGGCCAGAGUAUUGACAGCUCCACUACAGACAAUGUACAACACCAUAUGAAUGGCGGCUUGAGUCUCCACAUGCAGUUCCCCCACGCACUAACCACUCCGCUAGUUCGUACAGGUUACAGUAGACCCUCCCCUCGCCCUACUCAAGCAUUCAGAGGGAGACAGAGUACAGGACUAGGCAACCACCACCUCUCUGAUAUGAGGACUGCCACAGGGAGACAGGACUACAUGUACCCAGCAUUAGCCCCUGGGCCUAUGCUCAACUCCCAGCAGCAGCGAUGGGGAGGUGUUGUUAAGAAUGAUGAUAUGUUGUGUAACAAUGGAAUAACAAGCAUGAAGCUGCAAGAUGCCAACAAGAGAUGGAUCAAACCAUCACACGAAGGAAAGAGAUACAACCAACAACAACCAACCAUCAAGAAUACUAACUCUGAAAAGGUACUAGUGUCUGGGAAGAAUAGUUAUUCCAAGAAGAUCAGUGGAGAGAUUGCUGGACCCCCUGCAGUGCUAGUGGAGACCCCCCACGUAGAGGAACCGAUACUCAAGUUCACCACGAAGGAGUCGCAAGUUUGUAGCAUUGUGGAUAAUGUGGAGGUUGUGGACAGUGUGUGUCCCAUACAGAAUGUUGAUUCCAUGCUAGAGCUGUUGAGUCAGGGAAUGAACAAACCAUUGGAUCAGAUACCAGUCCAACAAGAUAACCGUGUGAGACUGCGAGUAACUCGUGAGUUGGUCCACACUGUCCACUCUGUUGUCAAGAGGCAACUAACAGCCAAUGGAGGCAUGGGAGGAGUACACGGCCCUCCCGGGGAAUUCCUAUUCCAACCAUUUCAUGUGGAGACUCUGCUCAGAGCUGCACAGUUCAGGGGUGAGUGGAGUGGGCGUAUAGUCAGGCCAGAUGUGAGUGGAGUGGGCGUAUAUAGUAGCACGAUAUUUUCUUCUUGUGCUAUCUUGUUAGCUAAUUAA